CGUCAUCUGGCUUUUUCUGAGGACUCCCGAGUCUACGAGGAUUCUAUCUUCCUGUAUCCUCCUCACCAGCAGGACGAACGCUCUAUGGGCUACUCACAAACCCGAACUAAUGCAUGAAUCAACUCCGCCUGGCUCAGUGCCUAGGCACAGUCUCGUCACCUUCCUUCCGCCGGCAUCAUAACGAGAACUUGAUCAACACUCUUGCCCACGACAAGAACACCACUUUCUCCUACCUGAAACCCGACACGUCCUUGCACGAUGCCAACACAUCCUCAUCUCCAUCAGUCGCCCACCAAGCUGGCGUCAACUGCCUUACCAUAGACCACAAUGAAGGCCGCUACCUCAUCUCUGGAGGGGCAGACUCAUCCAUCCGUCUAUGGGAUCUUGAACAGCCGCUCCUCAGCCCAUCACCAAUAUACACUCCGGCCACAACCCUCGCCCGCGGCGCACCCUCAUCACACACGCACGCUCUGACCUCGUUGUCCAUUUAUCCCUUCGACCCGACUCCUAGCACCCUGAUAUCCACAAGCUACGACAAAACGCUCAAGCUCACAGCCAUCACCCCGUCAGCCCUCUCUGUAGUCCACACCUUCGACCUCGACUUCAUCCCUUACACGCACUCCCUAUCCCCGGUCCCAGACUCCAGCCCACUCAUUGCCGUCGGCACCGCCCAUCCCGCCAUCCGCCUUCUCGACCUCCGCUCCGGCCUAUCGACCCACUCACUAUCCGGUCCCAACGGCGCAAUCUACACGCUCUCCUGGUCCCCUCGAAGCAGCCACAUCCUCUGUUCCGGCUCGACGGAUGGAAAGGUACUAUUCUUCGACAUCCGCCGCGCCAACGCAGCCUUUGCCUCCCUCGACCUCGACGACGCAAUCGGGGUGGUCGGCGAGACACCGUCGUCUGGUCUCGGCGCCCGGCCGCACCAUUUGCAUCUCGACUUCAACUCCGUUGCGCACAAUGGAGCCGUCACGUCCGUCCAGUGGACGCCUAGCGCCGACAAGAUCGUCACAGCAGGCCAUGACCAGCGUAUCCGCGUGUGGGAUGCCGCGACGGGACGAAACGAUCUCGUCCACUUCGGCCCAAGGAUUAGAAAUGAGCGCCAGGGCGAGUUGAAGCCGUUACUUUCACCGGAGGGAAUGCAUGGUCCCGGACGCGAGAGUCUAUUCUGGCCCAACGAUGACGGGCGGGGCAUGAUUUUCCAGCAUCAUUUGCGCGAGGGCCAUCUUCUACGGAUCCUGAAGACCGAGGGCGUCAAAAUCGCAGAGGUCCAAGCCGCGAAAAGAGGCAGAAGUGGCGGUAUCGGUGCGGGAGGACGAAGCGGAGGGAGUAGUAAUGUCGCGAGACUGACGAGCGGAGGACGGAUUAAUGGUCUGGUGUGGCGGCUUCAUGCGCCCGUGGGCGAGGGCGUCGAGAUGUACACUGCGCAUGGGGAUGGGAGGAUCUGUGCAUGGACGCCUAGUACUUCGAACGAGGAUGAAGAUGAAGAGGUCGAGGUCGAGGUCGAUGCGAAGAAGCCGUCAUCAUUUCAGACACCGUUGAAAAGAGGUCAAAAUGUCGAUGCCACCAUCGCAGCCAUGGAUGAGGCAGAGAGAAGACGGAAGCGGAAGAGAGAUCUUAUUGGAGAUCUUGUAGAGGGACUGACUAGGCGCCCUAUCCCGUUCUCCUGAUCUGUCCGAUCUAACGAGCAGUACGAGUGGGUCUUCUGUUUCGCGCGCAAUUGCAUGUGAGGUGUACUUGCAUACGUAGUAUGUCAAAACUUGUAAUCUCAUGCGAAGUCCAAGUUGAGACCGAGCUUUGGCUCUUGCAUUGAACGGUCGCUCGCUCUAUAUUAGCUACAAGUAAAGGCAUGUCGCCAGUAUAAUGCUGGUGCUAAGGCUGUACAAAAAUAACA